AUGCCCGAAACUAUUAAGCAAUAUCCUGACCCGGACAAACCCGUCCACAUUGUCUUUGUAGGAGCUGGUGCCGUCGGUUGUUUCUAUGCCUCGAGGCUGCAUCACCCCUCCAAAAACAUCCACGUCUCCCUUAUCGCCCGUUCCAAUUACAAAGCCCUCCUAGACAACGGCGUCAAACUCCAAACCCACUCCUUCGGCGACUACACCUUCACCCCUCACGCCGUCUUCCCCAACGUCGCCGCCGCCGCCUCCGCUCCUGUUCAACAAUGGGACUACGUCGUCGUAACCACCAAAGCCCUUCCGGACCGCGGUGACGACUCGGCGCUCAUCGCCCCACUCAUCGGUCCCAACUCGUGCAUCGUCCUGAUCCAAAACGGCGUCGGCGUCGAAGCACCGUACCGCACCCGUUUUCCUUCGACGCCCAUCAUCAGCGCCGUCACCGUCGUUUCCGCCGAACAAAUCAGUCAGGGAGUCAUCCGACAGAACCGAUGGACGCGCAUCCAUCUUGGUCCGUACUCCAACUCGGCUAGCUUUGAUUCUAGCACGCCUAUCACCAAAGACCGUGAUGAAGCACCCCCUUCUGCCACUACCACUCCCAAAGUUGAAUCGACAGGCGAUCUAACACCCACCGGCUCCCCCCCUUCUCCUUCCCCCUCUUCAUCCGCGCCAUCUCACCACAAACUCACCGAUUCCGACCUCGCCCUCCAACAAAGGGGUUACGAUUUGGCAGCCCGCCUGACCUCUUACCUCGUCCACUUGGGUUCAGUCCGCGACGCCCAUCUCUCUUCCGAAUCUCACCUCCAGCUCAUCCGGUGGCACAAACUCUGCAUCAACGCCGCCUUCAACCCGUGCUCCGUCUUAUCCGGUGGUAUCGGCAACGCCGACAUGGUUCGGGACCCUGAACUCCGCCUCUUCUUGUCAGCCAUUAUGUACGAAAUCUGGGAUGCUGCCCCUUUGAUCUUGGGUCUGCCCAAGGGAGAAGGGUUCGAAAAGGAUCCCAAGGGGUUCGCGACGCCGGAGAAGAUUCUAAAGUCAACGGAGAGAAAUGUGGGUUCCAAGCCGAGUAUGUUGUUGGAUUGGGAGGCGGGAAGGCCGUUGGAGUUGGAGGUUAUUGUGGGAAAUCCGGUGAGGAUUGCGAGGGGACGGGGGGUGGAGAUGCCGAGGUUGCAAGGGGUUUAUGCGUUGUUGAGGAGUAUGCAGAGUGUUAGGGAGAGAAGGAAGAGGGAGGGGAAGUUGUAGAUGGAGGUUGGAGGGAGAAGGUCGGGAGAUGGGCAAUGAAAGGUGGUUGUUG